AUGAGGCCCGGGAAGUGCUGGGCCCCCCUCGCAGCGACCGUACUCGCUACGGCCCUGCUCUUGCAGCCUAUCCACGCCGAGGCGCCAAUAUCCGGUAGUUACCUACCACCGUCAACGAGUUAUGGGACACCGAACUUAGGCGGUGGAGGUCCAUCCUCCACCUACGGUGCCCCGUCGGGGGGCGGCGGUGGUCGUCCAUCCUCUAGCUACGGAGCACCGUCCAGCACGUAUGGAGCGCCGUCGAGCACUUACGGCGCGCCGUCGAACGGCGGUGGAAGGCCGUCGAGCACCUACGGGGCACCGUCCAACGGGGGCGGCAGGCCGUCGAGCAGUUACGGUGCACCGUCGAGCAGCUACGGUGCACCGUCGAGCACUUACGGCGCACCGUCGAACGGCGGUGGAAGGCCGUCCACCAACUAUGGCGCCCCUUCCUUCGGAGGCGGCGGUGGCGGUGGCUUUGGCGGCGGUAACGGGCUUUCCACCAGCUAUGGCGCACCCUCGCGCGGUGGUGGCGGCUCGAUAUCCUCGAGCUACGGUGCACCCACCGGGGGAGGCGGUGGUGGCCCGUCCACCACCUACGGUGCACCCAACGGAGGAGGCGGUGGCGGUGGAUACUCGAGACCAUCUUCCGCUUACGGUACACCUAGCACCGGUGGUGGCAGUUUCGGAGGCUCCGGUGGAUAUUCUGGAGGCGGAGGUGGAUACUCUGGAGGUGGAAAUGGCUACUCUGGAGGCGGCGGUGGUGGCUACUCUGGAGGAAACGGUGGCUAUUCCGGAGGCGGUAACGGAGGUGGAUAUUCCGGGGGCAAUGGCGGCUACUCAGGCGGAGGUGGCUACUCUGGAGGAGGCGGAGGUGGUUACUCUGGAGGAGGCGGAGGUGGUUACUCUGGAGGUGGCGGAGGUGGCUACUCUGGAGGUGGCGGGGGCGGCUACUCCGGAGGAAAUGGUGGCUACUCCGGAGGCGGAGGUGGUCAAAGCUACGCUAGCAACGGUGGUUACCAAUAUUAAUCGCGAAGAGUCUUCACCCCGCCCGACCACCUUCGACCGUGUUUCACCGCCCCUCGAGACGAGAAAAAUUCGACAUCCUCCACCCCCCCACCCACCAUCCAGUUCGUC